AACGGCUUGUGUCCUUUUCCAGAUGUUAUUUGCAAUGUGCCCAUGAAUGUGGAUGUGGUUAGCCUGAUGCCAAAUAGACUGAUGACAGCAUCCAGCGAUCAAGGCACAGGAACUCUGCCCAGUGAUGGACGUAUGCAAAAUCCAGUCAACUCUUGGCAACCAGAUGACAACGAUAAAAACCCAUGGCAUCAAGUAGAUUUCCAGACAGCCCAGAACUUGUCAGGUAUCUUGACUCAAGGAAGCCCAUCUUCAGAGAAGUGGGUGUACACCUUCACAGUGAGCACCAGCAAUGAUGGAAUCAACUUUGAAACCAUCAAGGAUGAUCAAGGGCAGGAGGUUACCUAUUAUGGUAACACUGACAGGAAUACCUUGGCCAGAAACUACUUCCCCAGAGUGACUGUAGCCCGCUACGUGCGAGUGAGUCCAAAGACGUGGGCUGCAGGUGGACCUGCCUUGAGGGUGAAUUACAUCGGUUGCUUUUUCUCGGAUGUUUCCACACCGAGGCCGACAGUGCCAUUUGUUCAACCACCAACUGGUCCCACAGGCAUUCCAACGGUGUCGUCAACCUGGCCGUCCUCCUGGUCAUCGAUACCCACCUCCCCUACAGUGGCUCCCCCUACACCGUUUACACUGGUGCCUAAUGUUAUUUGCAAUGUGCCCAUGAAUGUGGAUGUGGUUAGCCUGAUGCCAAAUAGGCUGAUGACAGCAUCUAGCGAUCAAGGCACAGGAACUCUGCCCAGUGAUGGACGUAUGCAAAAUCCAGUCUACUCUUGGCAACCAGAUGACAACGAUAAAAACCCAUGGCAUCAAGUAGAUUUCCAGACAGCCCAGAACUUGUCAGGUAUCUUGACUCAAGGAAGCCCAUCUUCAGAGAAGUGGGUGUACACCUUCACAGUGAGCACCAGCAAUGAUGGAAUCAACUUUGAAACUAUCAAGGAUGAUCAAGGGCAGGAGGUUACCUAUUAUGGUAACACUGACAGGAAUACCUUGGCCAGAAACUACUUUCCCAGAGUGACUGUAGCCCGCUACGUGCGAGUGAGUCCAAAGACGUGGGCUGCAGGUGGACCUGCCUUGAGGGUGAAUUACAUCGGUUGCUUUUUCUCGGAUGUUUCCACACCGAGGCCGACAGUGCCAUUUGUUCAACCACCAACUGGUCCCACAGGCAUUCCAACGGUGUCGUCAACCUGGCCGUCCUCCUGGUCAUCGAUACCCACCUCCCCUACAGUGGCUCCCCCUACACCGUUUACACUGGUGCCUAAUGUUAUUUGCAAUGUGCCCAUGAAUGUGGAUGUGGUUAGCCUGAUGCCAAAUAGACUGAUGACAGCAUCUAGCGAUCAAGGCACAGGAACUCUGCCCAGUGAUGGACGUAUGCAAAAUCCAGUCUACUCUUGGCAACCAGAUGAAAACGAUAAAAACCCAUGGCAUCAAGUAGAUUUCCAGACAGCCCAGAACUUGUCAGGUAUCUUGACUCAAGGAAGCCCAUCUUCAGAGAAGUGGGUAUACACCUUCACAGUGAGCACCAGCAAUGAUGGAAUCAACUUUGAAACCAUCAAGGAUGAUCAAGGGCAGGAGGUUACCUAUUAUGGUAACACUGACAGGAAUACCUUGGCCAGAAACUACUUCCCCAGAGUGACUGUAGCCCGCUACGUGCGAGUGAAUCCAAAGACGUGGGCUGCAGGCGGACCUGCCUUGAGGGUGAAUUACAUCGGUUGCUUUUUCUCGGAUGUUUCCACACCGAGGCCGACAGUUUCAUUUGUUCAACCACCAACUGGUCCCACAGGCAUCCCAACGGUGUCGUCAACCUGGCCGUCCUCCUGGUCAUCGAUACCCACCUCCCCUACAGUGGCUCCCCCUACACCAUUUACACUGGUGCCUAAUGUUAUUUGCAACGUGCCCAUGAAUGUGGAUGUGGUUAGCCUAAUGCCAAAUAGGCUGCUGACAGCAUCUAGCGAUCAAGGCACAGGAACUCUGCCCAGUGAUGGACGUAUGCAAAAUCCAGUCUACUCUUGGCAACCAGAUGACAAUGACAAAAACCCAUGGCAUCAAGUAGAUUUCCAGACAGCACAGAACUUGUCAGGUAUCUUGACUCAAGGAAGCCCAUCUUCAGAGAAGUGGGUGUACACCUUCACAGUGAGCACCAGCAAUGAUGGAAUCAACUUUGAAACCAUCAAGGAUGAUCAAGGGCAGGAGGUUACCUAUUAUGGCAACACUGACAGGAAUACCAUGGCCAGAAACUACUUCCCCAGAGUGACUGUAGCCCGCUACGUGCGAGUGAAUCCAAAGACAUGGGCUGCAGGCGGACCUGCCUUGAGGGUGAAUUACAUCGGUUGCUUUUUCUCGGAUGUUUCCACACCGAGGCCGACAGUGCCAUUUGUUCAACCACCAACUGGUCCCACAGGCAUCCCAACGGUGUCGUCAACCUGGCCGUCCUCCUGGUCAUCGAUACCCACCUCCCCUACAGUGGCUCCCCCUACACCGUUUACACUGGUGCCUAAUGUUAUUUGCAACGUGCCCAUGAAUGUGGAUGUGGUUAGCCUAAUGCCAAAUAGGCUGCUGACAGCAUCGAGCGAUCAAGGCACAGGAACUCUGCCCAGUGAUGGACGUAUGCAAAAUCCAGUCUACUCUUGGCAACCAGAUGACAAUGACAAAAACCCAUGGCAUCAAGUAGAUUUCCAGACAGCACAGAACUUGUCAGGUAUCUUGACUCAAGGAAGCCCAUCUUCAGAGAAGUGGGUGUACACCUUCACAGUGAGCACCAGCAAUGAUGGAAUCAACUUUGAAACCAUCAAGGAUGAUCAAGGGCAGGAGGUUACCUAUUAUGGCAACACUGACAGGAAUACCUUGGCCAGAAACUACUUUCCCAGAGUGACUGUAGCCCGCUACGUGCGAGUGAAUCCAAAGACGUGGGCUGCAGGUGGACCUGCCUUGAGGGUGAAUUACAUCGGUUGCUUUUUCUCGGAUGUUUCCACACCGAGGCCGACAGUGCCAUUUGUUCAACCACCAACUGGUCCCACAGGCAUCCCAACGGUGUCGUCAACCUGGCCGUCUUCCUGGUCAUCGAUACCCACCUCCCCUACAGUGGCUCCCCCUACACCGUUUACACUGGUGCCUAAUGUUAUUUGCAACGUGCCCAUGAAUGUGGAUGUGGUUAGCCUCAUGCCAAAUAGGCUGCUGACAGCAUCUAGCGAUCAAGGCACAGGAACUCUGCCCAGUGAUGGACGUAUGCAAAAUCCAGUCUACUCUUGGCAACCAGAUGACAAUGACAAAAACCCAUGGCAUCAAGUAGAUUUCCAGACAGCACAGAACUUGUCAGGUAUCUUGACUCAAGGAAGCCCAUCUUCAGAGAAGUGGGUGUACACCUUCACAGUGAGCACCAGCAAUGAUGGAAUCAACUUUGAAACCAUCAAGGAUGAUCAAGGGCAGGAGGUUACCUAUUAUGGCAACACUGACAGGAAUACCUUGGCCAGAAACUACUUCCCC